UCUGCCUCCCCAGUCGGCUUCCAGAAACCUUAACCUAAAUUUCUAGAUCUUUCUGCAGGUUGAGUCAGAUUUUUCAGGGAAUACGGUUGUUGCGUUACAGUCUCAAAGCCUUCAUUUUCAGUACAUUCAAUCUUAAUUUUCGUUGUAUAAAAUGGUUGACUACAGUAGAUGGAAGGAUAUUGAGAUUUCAGAUGAUGAAGAUGAAACUCAUCCCAACAUCGACACUCCUUCCCUUUUCCGAUGGAGACACCAAGCUCGUAUCGAGCGGAUGGAGGAACAGACAAAAGAGAAAGAAGAAUUCGACAGGAGAAGAGCUGAGCAUGAACGCAAAAUGAAAGAUGCACGUCAAAAACUCGAAGAUGCUAAACAAAAAGGCUUAGAUCUGAGUGAACUGUCGAAAGCUAUGAAGGACUUAGAGGAAGAAGAGAAAGAAAUCAAGAAAAAGGCUGAUGAACUGAAAUCUAAAGAGAAGAUUACGCCAUGGAAUGUGGAUACCAUCAGUAAGGAAGGAUUCAACAAAACAGUCGUUAAUAUUCCUCCUAAACGGAAAGAGGAUGAUGAACUAACAGAAGAAGAAAGGGAAAAGAAAAUGAAGGAAUUUGUCAAAAACCACGAAAAAGAACUCAAGCAGUAUGGAAUGUUCAAGCGCUAUGAUGAUUCAAAGCGUUUCCUCCAGGAGCAUAGCUACCUUGUUGGGGACAACACAGCCAAUUACCUUGUAAUUUGGUGCAUUAACUUGCAAAUGGAAGGGAAGGAACAGCUGAUGCAACACGUAGCUCACCAAUGCAUCUGUAUGCAGUACAUCCUUGAACUAGCCAAGCAGCUUGAUGUUGACCCUCGUGCAUGUGUUGCACAAUUUUUCUCAAGGAUUCAAGUUGCUGAUGCUGAGUACAAGACUGCAUUUGAUGAUGAACUUCGUGCUUUCAAAGAAAGAAUCAGGAAGCGAGCUGAUGAGAAACUCCAGGAGGCUAUCAAAGAGCAAGAGGAAGAGGAGAGGAAAGAGCGCCUAGGCCCAGGCGGUUUGGAUCCAGUCGAAGUCUUCGAAAGCCUUCCUGUUGAACUUCAAAAAUGCUUUGAAAGCCAAAACAUUCCUCUCCUUCAAGAAACCAUUUCCAAAAUGCCUGAGUCUGAAGCUGUGUACCACAUGAAGCGAUGUGUCGACUCUGGCCUCUGGGUCCCAGAAGCUAAUAAAAAUAAAGAUGAGGAGGGGGAGGAGGAGGAAAUAUAUGAUGAGCUUACUAAAGGAGAUGAAGCUGCUGCCGGCAGCAGUGGAGACAAGCCAACAUAGGAUUGAACAAUCAGAAAGCAGCCUCUACACACACCACCUGAGGUGUGGAGUAUUUGUACUUGAUUCAAAUUUUGUGUCUUCUAAUUGCUGGAAUUGUUUUAGGCACAUCCGUAUUUAAUUAACCAAUCUCUUUGAGUUGUUUUUGGCGUUAGGUCACAAAGUUGUGCUGAUUAGCUUCCCUAUUAAAUUUAUUCUCAGACCAUCAAUAAAGUUGCAUAAUUCAUUCUGUUUCUGUUGACUGAGUUUUUUGUUUCAUACAUUUUAAUUCAUGUUUCAUUAUAAUUUUCUCUGAUUGUGAUUAAUUUUUAGUAAUAAGCAUCUUGUUUCUAAGUACCAUCGUCUUUAUAUUUCUGUGAGAUUAAAGUUUGUGUGAAUCAA